AAAAUUGUCUUGGUGGAAGGUGAGGUGGGACCAACGGUAUUCGAGAGCCAACCGACCAAUUCUGCUGCAGAUGCUAAGGCAGAUCAGGAUGACGAUGAGCAUUUAGUGGGGCCUUUUGCUUCCAGCGCCAAGCAACGCUUUCUCGAGAGGCAGAAGGAGGCUGAAGAGGCUGGUAAGAAGAAGUCCACGCCGGGUAUUAUCGACAUAUGGAGCGAGAUGCCACAGGAAAGCGGAGUGUUCGAGAAUGUGCCAGCGGCGCGCAAGGAGGGUAUCAUUGUCUCCGGCACGUAUUCAGACGAGGAGGAGGAAGAUGAAGAUGAUGAAGAGGAGUAA